AUGGGCAUCUCGCAUUCUACCGCCCGCUGGGUCGCCCCCGCGUCCUUCCUCGUCGACUUUGCUGCGCAGCAGUACGGCAUGCUGUCCUCCCCUAACAUGAAAGAUGUGCACGAUGCCAACCUCUCGUUCUGGUCUCCGCAGCCAUACUUCAUUGCGGGGUUCUUCUUUCCGCAACAGUUGUUCCAGUUGGCGUGGUUGUAUCGCUUGUGGAAGUUGGAUCCGAAGAAGGGGGCCAAGGAGCAACAGGAGGUCAACCAGAUGGUCGAUUUCGUGCCAUAUUAUGCUGUGGGGAAUCUAUGCAUUGCUACCUGGAUGAUCUUCUGGAACGCGUCGGCCCUUAAAACGGCCAACAUAUUCGUCGUCAUCAACUCCUUGACUCAGCUCUACUACAUCUUUGGGCACUUGCCACCCAUGAACACGCGCUCUACCUCUUCGGUCCUCACGAACAUCGUGUCCAAGACCUUCGCAGGCAUCGGGGUCCUGGACCUGCUGCACAACGGAUCUGUCGCCUAUUUCAACCACGAGGGUCCCGGACUGGCCGUCAAGGUCGUCACGGGUUUGGGAUUCGUUACGUUGGCCAGUGGAAGUGACUGGAUCUUUGGGGGGUGCCUUGUGUAUGAUCUCAUCGCCUUGGCGGUGGGCCAGCGGGGUAUUGGGGAGACGGGAUGGAGCAACUUGCUGGGUGUCUAUGCCGUUGCGACGGCCGGGAUCGUAGCGGCGAAGAACUUGGUCAGACCACCGUAUGUUAGAGAAGAAACUCCUGCGUAUAUCGAGGCACCCACGGAGGAAGAGGACCGGUAG